AUGCUAAGUACUUUCGACAUUCUCAUGGUACUUCCGCCCUUUAAAAGAUGUGCCGGUGCAUGGUUCUGUAUGUCCGUAGUUUUUGCACUGGUGGCGGCUGCGAGCGCCGUUCCCGUGGAUCGGAAUAAGAGGAGUUUCUACCAGUACUCCAACCCAGAGUACUACACAGGAAGCGAUCAGUACUAUGUGAACCAGGCCUCAUCGCCCGUGUACUCAGCGUCGCCAGCUUUGUACUCGUCUUCGCUGUACAACACCCAGGGGUUGUCGCAGCCCACCUACAGGGUGCCUGUGUCACAAACGGGCGCCAUUUACCAGCCGUCAGUAUCCUACACGUCUCCUUCUUACGUCACCGUGCAACGGCCGGAGGUCUAUUCGCCGUCCAGACUGUACCCCGCACCCCUGACCACGCAAGUUUCUUCCCCGGCGCUAUACAACGCGGAGCACUCCUCGCACGCCUCCUCGUCGUCGGUGUACAGGGUGCAAGCCCCGGCGAGUGUUACGUACUCGGUGCAGGCGCCGCGCGCCCAAUACAUGGCCGCACCCUCCACAUGGCAGAACAACGGAAACUCGUGGAACUUGAACAACCCGUGGUGC